CUCCCAAGAAAUAUCUUUACAAACAUCACUUCGCCCGUCAUGAUUCCUCAAUCUUCAGAAGAAAUCACGAAAUUAAUUGAAAACAAUACUGAUUUAUUGAAAAACUAUACUCCGGCCUCUUUACCAGUUGAAUACAUCGAUGUCCAAUAUGAAGAGAACACUUUCCAGGAUGACUCACAGCACAUGCAGAUAAAAUGCACUGAUCUGCAAUACCCAUUCUCAGCUACUCCAGUCAUCUCAGCUCCAAUUCAUGAUGCCAACAUCCUCUACGAUGGACCUAUUGGCUCAAAGAAGUUUAUUGAACUUACACUGGAUUACGAGAACAACAUAGACUAUCAAUUUAGUCCUGGGGAUACAGUUGGAAUUCUAGUUUCUAAUUCAGCAAGAGAUGUAGAUGUAGUCCUUAUGAGAAUAUUAUCUUGUGUCUCACCUGAUGUUGUCUGUGAUAUUACAAUAAAGCCCGAGACGACGAAAAAAUCUCCCAAAUUUCCCCCUCACGUCCCAAAACGAGCAUCGCCACGAGCUCUUCUUCGCGACUGUCUCGAUUUGAAGAGUAUUCCAAAGAAACUAUUCCUUCGGUCACUGGCUGAAUACACAACCGAAACAAUAGAGAAGAAUUUCCUGAUGCUAUUGUCAUCCAAAGAAGGAGCAAAACAUUACAAUCAUAUAAUUUUGGAGCAGACAAGGACUUUUUUGGACAUACUGGAACUUUGUUCAAGUUGUUGUCCCCCACUUUCAAUACUUAUUGAACAUCUUCCACGCCUGAAACCAAGACCAUACUCAAUCGCAAAUAGUCCCCUAUCAGAGCCAGGCAAAGUUAGAUUGAUCUUCUCAACUCUCACCGAAAAUCCAGGUGUAGCAACUUCAUUCUUAACUCAUCGGGUAAAUAGCUUCCUGAAAAAUCCAAACAAAACGGAACAAAUAAGCUUUUACUUUAGAGAAUCGAAUCAAUUUAAUUUUCGUCACCAAGAAGACAGUAUAUUGAUUGGGAUUGGUUGUGGAGUUUCUCCAUUUCUGGGCUUCCUCGCGCACAAGGAUGAACUUAUGAAACACAACACAACAGAACUAGGUUCGACGUGGCUUUUUGUUGGUUCAACUUGUCAAGACAGUGCCGUCCACAGAGACGAGUUGCUAGACUAUCAGCUCAGGGGUGUUCUCCAACACUUGUAUGAGAGCUUUUCGAGAGAUCCCGAUCCAGAGUGCGGGGAUUUCAAAUAUGUUCAGGACCAGCUAAGAGGAAAUAUUCCAGAGUUCGUGGAAUUGUUGACAAGAGGAAAAGCGAAUUUAUAUGUUUGUGCUGAUGGCACAAAGAUCUCGAAGAGUAUAGAACAAUGUAUAAAAGAGUGUCUGGCUAUAGGUUUGGAAUGUACAGGGGAAGAAGCUGAAGUUGUUAUCAAGGAAAUGCGUUUAGCUGGAAGGUACAAGAAAGAUAUUUGGGUCUAAAUUAAAAACAUGAAUUUAUGGUGCAAUAAAUUUAAGUGAUAAAAACAA